UAACGGUCACAUUUUGAAGCCCCUAGAUUCCCUCUUUUUCUAUUGAUCGAUUCGUCGUCCAUUCCAUAACUACACCAUCUAAAACUCUCUCUCUCUCCUUUGUUGACAAAAAGGAAAAGGGCACUUUACAUUCAAGUCAAAAUUGAUUGCCUAACAAUAAAUCAACAAUGGGGUGCCUUUUCGCUUGUUUCAGUGCUUCUAAGUUUCGAAAACGCAGGCAUUUGGUUAAUGCAGCUCCUUCUAAACCCCUUAGAGAUGGAGCCAGUGAAGCUCAGCAAAUUUAUUUUACUACAAAGCAGCAAGUCACUGAAGAACCCAUUAAGCCCGCUACAGAAUCCAAAGAGAAGCUUGAAAAAGAGUUGAGCUGCAAUGGGAAAAGGAAAGUUACCUUUGAUUUGAAUGCCAAGACCUAUAAGGGUUUAUCUGUUGGAGAAGCCACUGAUAAUGUAGUAGAAAACAAUGAGAAGAAAGAGAGUGAAAACAAAGAUGAAGAACCAUCAGAUGAGAGCAAAUCAAUUCCUAAUUUGAUUUCAUCAGAUGGAGCUUCUUAUCCUCCAAACCACAGAUAUCAAAAUUAUACGAAGGAAGAAUCUGAAGAUUUAGAUUUGGAAGAUAGUGAUUUUGAUGAUGUUAGAGAUAAUGUGGGUGUUGAUGGUAAAAUUUUGGUUCAAGAAGAGUCGUCUGAAUCAUUGUUUUCAUUAUCAAUUGAUUCAAGAAAAUAUGUGUGUGGAGCUGAAGUAGGUGAGAAGGAGGUCUCUAGUCCAAUGCCAGAGUGUAAUUCACCUCAUGAGGAACUUAAGCCAAUUGGGUGUAAUCCAAAUAUUCGGGAUAGGACUCGGUAUGUCGAUUCUGUGUUGAAUCCAGUAGAAAAUCUUGCUCAGUGGAAGGCAGUCAAAGGAGCAAACUUACCCCUGCACCAUCAACAUAAGGAAAACAUCAAUAUAGAGCAACAUUUUGGUAUACACAUUAGCCCACAGCCUAGUUUUAAGCUAUUGACCAAUAAUUCAAAAGCAAAUGCUGAUCAUCAGAAGCCUUUGGACCAAGAAAUUGCAGUCGAUACUAGCCUAUCUAGUUGGUUGGUUGAGUCUGAAACAACAUCCUUGUCGAAAGGCAGUGCUACUUCUGUUAGGAACUCAGCAUCUGGGAGGGCUAGUUCGCCAAGAAGUCACAAAGAUAGGCCUAUUUUAGGAGAACUGACCAUGAAGGAACUCAAGCAAGUUUCUCCUUCUACUUCUUCUAGACAAGGAAGAAGCCAGAGUCUUGAUGAAAUACCCAUAAUAGGAACUGUUGGGAGCUACUGGCGUCAUACUGGACGGACAAUGGAUUCAGAUUCAGGCUCUUCAAGCAAAGGAAUGCUCAACACCAUGAGCAAAAGUGGGGAGGAUGAGAAAGUGAAGUGGAAUUCUACCCCAUUUGAAGCAAGGCUGGAGAGGGCCUUGGACAAGGUUAGUGCCCAAGUUCAGCAAGGGUCUCAAUAGAGUUUUGCAGUUCAGGAUUAGCGUCUUGCUUGGUGCAGUUCUAUGUUAGACCUUAAUGUAAUAUGAAUAUCCAUGAGUUACUAUUUUCUUUUUCUACCGAUCGUCGGAGUGUAUUGGACAGUAGUUCAUUUCACUGCUUUGUCUCCAUAUCUCAUUCAGGCAUUUGGAAA